AUGUGGUGGGUGGUGAUGGAUGACGAGAGAAGGGUACUGUGUCCAGAGAACCAAGGUUUAGCGGAUUAUGUGUUGCAGAAGAAGCGCGAAUACGCAGAUAAGCCCAAGGGUUUGUCCGAAAAUCUGGAGAGGACAUUUCUUAAGGCGUAUAGAAAUGUCUGCGACUCCAAGGAUCCCAUUAGCACACUCAAAGACUUGUCGCAGAUCAAGGGAAUUGGCAAGUGGAUGCUUAAGAUCACGAAAGGAUAUUUUGACACUGAGGCUGCAAGCUCUGAACAAGAAGAGUUAUCUGAAAAUGGUGCUGGGAAAAAGGCCAAGGGAAGAAAACGGUACAUUCCACAGAGAAAUUCUGUGGCGUACGCAUUACUAAUAACGUUGCAUAGAGGGACUGCGAAUGGGAAAGAAUACAUGGGCAAACAAGAGCUUAUUGAUGCUGCUGACGCGAGUGGGCUCUCACACGCUCCUGUUGCGCCAGAGAAAGGAAAAGGGAAAGCAGGACUUGGAAACUCUAAGAGGGAGUGGUAUAGUGGAUGGAACUGCAUGACAACACUUAUACAGAAGGGAUUAGUGGUGAAAUCUAGCAACCCAGCAAAGUACAUGCUGACAGGUGAAGGUCGGGAAGUAGCAAACGAAUGUAUCACGCGAUCUGGAUUACCUGCACUUGACAUCUUAUCCGAUGAUGAAAUGGUUCCUGCACAGCAACCAAAGAACACAAUUCCAAAUUCCACCACCUCUUGUACAAUGAGAGAAGAAGAACAACAAUAUACCGAUCCGAGAUCUAGAGCAGAAUCAGCCAUUCCAAGUGAUAUUCUUGAAAAGUUUACACCGUUUGGUUAUUCUAAGGAACAAGUCGUUGCUGCAUUCAGAGAGGUUUCAGAUGGAUCUCAGGACAAAGAUCCAUCAACUCUCUGGCUAUCUGUAAUGUGUCAUCUUCGUCAAGCAGAAGUUUAUAAUCCCCGUUCAGACUCUCUAAACAGAACGAAAGAUUCAGCAGGACCUUCUAGAGCCCAAACUUGCCAAGUUGAUCUUGAGGGAUCUCAUGCUAAGAAGUUCCGCUCUUGCAAUGAUGGAAACGCCUUAAGACCACGUUCAUCUGGUUCGAGUCAUGCUUUGAAAGCCUGCUCAUCUUCUUUACCUUCUGAUGGAACGGAAGGAAUAACAAAUAUUCCAUGCCUUCCUCCUCUUACAUUUGGAGAAGCGUUUGAGGAAUCAUAUCAGGUGAUCUUGAUACUGGAUGACCGAGAACAGUUUGCCACUAAGGGAUCACGAUCAAGGAAAAUAGUUGAGAACAUAUGCUCUGAACUCAAUAUCAAGAUUGAGGUUAGAAGAUUACCAGUAGGGGAUUGUAUCUGGAUUGCUCGGCAUAAGUGUCUUGGGGCCGAAUAUGUUCUUGACUUUAUUGUUGAGAGGAAGAACGUUGAUGAUUUACGCUCGUCCAUUAGAGAUAAUCGCUAUAGGGACCAAAAACUUAGACUUCAGAGAUCGGGAUUCAAGAAGCUGAUAUACAUCAUUGAAGGGGAUCCAAACCAUUCUGAUGCAGCAGAAAGCAUUAAAACUGCCUGUUUCACAACGGAGAUUCUGGAGGGAUUUGAUGUGAUGAGGACAAGCGGGCUUGGUGAGACGCUGAGAAAAUACGGUUGUCUCACUAAAUCAAUACACCAAUACUACAAGUCGCGGGUGAAUGAUGAGCAGAGCAAAGUCUCGGCUUCGUAUCAUUCUUUUGAUAGUUUUGUGAAAAGGUGUCAAGACCUCGAUAAAAUGACAAUCAGCGAUGUGUUUGCCAUUCAGCUUAUGCAGGUCCCGCAAGUAACAGAGGAAAUCGCCAUAGCGGUUCUUGAUAUGUACCCAACACUUUUAUCUCUUGCUUCUGCCUAUUCUCAUCUCGAAGGGAAUGUCUCAGCGCAAGAAGAGAUGUUGAGGAACCGAAGCAACAAUGUUAUCUGUGCAUCAGCUAGUAAAAACAUAUUCAAGAAAACAAAUCCUAAUCAAAUUCGUCUUCAACAAGUAAUGUCAACUCGAUUGGGAAAGAUCAGCUUCUUGUUCUUCGUCUUCCUCGUCUUGCUUUUGGUGGGAUCUUCACAGGCUCGGAGGGGCGGGAAUGGGCCACUAUUCCUGGUAAUAGACGGUGAAAUAGUCGAGAUGGUUCCUCAAUUUUUUCCGGUGAAAGUGGAGGACGAGGACCUAAUCACCGAGACGGCCAAAUCGACAUACAUCGGUGACUUGCAUGCUAAGCUUCUGGACAAAUACGGCACCAAAUUGAUCUGGAGGAUCGAUGUUGUUCUGUGUCUUUGUUUGUCUCUGUUGUUUACCGAUUUAGCUUUCAGGCUUUUCUUUUGCAUUGAAAGCAGAUGUUCUGCUCGGUUCUCAAAAUCUGUUGUGUUUUCGAGCAGGUUUUCACAGCCUGUCUAA